AAGAACGUGAAAGUACUUGCCAAUUCAGUUUAUUAUAACAUUAUACUAAAUUCCAGCAGAGAUAGUUGACUCUAUGCCACCACUUAAAGCAAAGCUAAGUCUAUAAUACCACGUAUCCCGCAAUAUGCUUUAUAACCGCAACUACCGCAAUUACUUAUGCCAUUUCCUUCAACUCCCGAAAUUCUAGUUUCGGGGAAGAUCAGCAGCAUUUCCUUAUAAAAGAAUGUUGUACAACGUCAAAUGCGGAUGUUUAGACAAUAAGACUAACCAAAUGCGACGCCUCGCUAUCAUUGCGGACAAUUUGAUAGUGCCCCUUUGUGCAUAUAGAAUACUCAAAGUAGCUCCGAGUCUCGAGUCCCUCCAUUUUUAGAACAUGCUCCUUUUGUUAGUAUUUAGGAACUUCUCAAGACCCUACGUUGACAUUUAAGUUCGCCUUGUAGCAUUAUAGAGAUCUCGAGGGAACACUAGCAAGAUGGAACGGCCGCCUCCACUCAGUAAGACAACGCAUGUAGUCAACUAUGGCCCGCGGCCUAGUUCAAAAUAUUUGCUAGCAGACGGUUCACGUUGGAAAUCAUCUGCAGGAGUAGGGAAAAGAGGCCCACCGCAACCUGCGAAUCGCUAUAACCUGCUCUUGUACCUAAAGGGUAUAAGCGAAGAUCAGGACGUUUUGCCUCUUAUUCGAAAUGCCCUUACAAGUAAGCAAAACCUUGGGCAGGACUUCGUACUAUCAAACGCUGGGAUAUCAGAAAUCAAGCUACAAGGAAAUGACAACGCGGCUGCUCUUAUAGCCGAAUGGGACGCUGUUAUUGAGCUGGCGAGGGUGGUCUGGGAAAACCCAAACAAUCUCGAAGACUGGAUAGCGCAUAUGUUCUACGAGCACUUUCGAGGGCGAAUUCUGAGAGAUGACGAGACUAAAGCACAGACGCUGAGCCGUGUCUUGGGAUGGGCUGACAAAUGGGCUGAAGUUCGUUACCGAUACUUGAACCAUUAUCUGCGUGACGACCCAGACCACUGGAUGAGAGCAGACCAGAGGGCUUUUAGAGAUGCCGGAGACCACGCUAACGAGAUAGUUCACACUUCGUCAUUGCAGGACGACUGUCUACUAGCUGAGUCGAAGUGGUUUGCACCUGUACACAGGGCAUUGUUUUUUGAUGUUUACCGCCUGGGUGUUAGGGAGGGCCGGCGAUUGGUUUAUCUUGCGAACUGGGCCAGUCUCUCAGCGGCUCUUAGAGAGGUAUUCAGAUGGUCAAUCGACUUUAUUAAUCGUUAUGUUCAUUGGCGGGAGGGGUUGAUGCGGGCCGAGACCAGAGAUCACUUGAACGAAAUGCGCCGCAAUACUCAGUUAUCAACCCAAGCAAGGCAAAACCAAAGAGUUCAAUUCGCAAAUUCUAUGAAAGCAAGCCUGAGGGGCCCAGACGAGGCAUAUAACAGAUUUCUGACCGUAUUACGCGUCUUAAUGAUGGAGGGAAGGGAGCGGAUGAAAUUCCAACAAAAUUCGUGGCGAGAGUUUUUGACAUUAAUUGAUAUGGUGACGCAUCAACUUCGAACCUGUCGCUUGAAUCGACCAAACAAUAACCGGAACUGGGAUAUACGACAGAAUUGGCCCAAGCAUUCUGCCCAAGAUAAUUACCCGCUAAAACCCAGAGGUCCAGACAACAGGUUUUUAUUCUAAUAUAAACGGAGGGGUUAUGAUAUGGUUAGUUGUUAGUUUGUUGUAUUAUAAUUUAGUUGAAUUUGACAAGGUGAGGUACUACAUCUAUAUUGAAUAAAAUCCAUGGAUUGGACUUCUUUGAAUACCUAGUUCUAAAUUUAGAAACUUGAGUAUUGCGUGUGUCUUGGGCAAAGCGUCAUUAAGAUAGAAUAAUAAAUGGGUAGAGCUAGUAUUAUGUGUUGAAUGAUAUUAUGAAUAUGAAAAUCACCGUCGAUCAAAUUAGCCACGCUGGGCGACAAAAAUAUGGAGGGUUUCGGGAUUUAAAGAGUUAGUUGAAAGCACCUAUGAAGA